AUGGCUCACAAUUCCUUGAGGCAUGAACUGCUGGAUUCUGGCUCCAGAUGGUCUCUCUCCGGCCGAUCCAACGAGAAUGCUGAUGGAGUUCGUUGUGCAGACUUUCCCCACGGCAUGAAAGGAAGGUCAUCGGCGGAAGUGUGGCUGGAAGGGGACACUGAAAAUGGUGGGGAUAUGGAAGGAGAUGGGGUAAAGGUGUACCUUUGA